AACCAAAUGCAGGUUAUAACGUCCACAGGCACUGAAUACAUGCUUCAAUCAGAUGAUCAGGAUGUCAUCGAUGACUGGUUUGAAUCGCUAACACAUGCAACAACACUUAACAACUCUAUGGUCAAUAACUUUUCAAACGUUAAAGGUAGCAACGUUCAGCAACAAGAUCUGGGUUCACAUCUGGACCUCUCAAGAUCUCCCCUCAGCCCUUCAAUGGCUUCCCUCACCACCUCAACCACAAACUCCACAAGUACUCUUGAAAAAUCAAAAUUUAAAGAAAAGUUGAAACUUUGGUUGUUGAAGAGGCCUACGAAGGAGACAUUGAGAGAAAAAGGAAUAUAUAAGGAUGGCAUAUUUGGUUCAACAUUAUCAACAAUAUGUGAGAAGGAGGGGAGUGAGAUUCCGUUAUUUGUGACUCACUGCAUUGAAGCUGUUGAAGAAAGAGGUCUGUACGUUGAUGGCAUAUAUAGGGCCAAUGGAAACAUGGCGGAAAUUCAAAAAUUGAGAUUUGCUGUUAACACCAGUGACCUGCUUACCUCCUCGUCGACUCCACCUCCAGACAUCCACGUCAUCACUGGAGCAUUGAAAUUGUUCUUCAGAGAGCUUCAGGAGCCGUUGUUCCCAUACGAGCAUUACAACUCAAUCAUGAAUGUUAUCAAUAGCAAAUCGCGAGCACAGAGCAUUAAAAACAUCCUAGCAAGCCUUCCAAGAGUCAAUUAUCUGACGCUCACAGUUCUGUUGCAACAUCUCCUUGUCGUCGUUUCUCACUCGUCUGAAAAUCGCAUGCACAUCCAAAACCUGUCGAUAAUUUUUGGACCUACGUUGAUGUGGCCGAAGGAAUCAGAUGACCAAAGUCUGGCAGUUUCCAUGGUGAUGAGAAGUCAGCUGGUGGACAUGCUACUACAGGAUUAUUCCUUCUUUUUUGACUCCGUUAUAUGA